AUGGAAUUAUUAGAAAAAAGACAAAAUGAAAUUUUAAAUAAAUUGAAUAAAUUAGUCGAAAAAAUUGAUGAUAUUACACCAUCAAGCAUUAUUACAGAUAAUCAAAAGAGAAUUUCAAAAGUUUGUGAUGAUAUUGGAUUAGAUCAUAAACUUGAAAGAGUACCAAGAUGUUAUUAUAAUUGGAAAUUAGAAGAAAGAGCAAAUUAUUUAAAUGCACCAUCAUCAGAUUAUUUAUGUAAAAGUUUAAUUUUCGAAAAUACAGAAUGUGUAAAUUCAGAUACAUCAAUUCAAACUAAUAGUAGAUAUUACUGUGUUAUUAUCCAAUAUACAACAAAAAUUCAAAGUCAUAAAAUAUUUAAAUUUAUUAAAAGUUUAAAUCAACAAGAAAGUGCCAAAAAGUUUCAUUUUACAUUAGCACCAUCAGAAAUUUCACAACAAUUAACAGGUUUUGAAUAUAAUGCAGUAUGUCCAUUAGGUACAAAUGUUAAUAUUCCAGUUAUUAUUUCAAAACAAAUUAUGGAGUUACCAAAUAAAGUUGUAUGGUUAGGUGGUGGUGAAGUCGAUCUUAAAUUAAUUGUUGAUAUUCACAAAUUUAAAGAACGUAUGGAAUCAAAUGGUACAAGUGUAUUUGUCACUGAUGUAAUUGAUAAUUCAUCAAACGAAACUGAUGAAUUAUAAAAAAAAAUUAUAAUAAAAAUAAAAAUU